UUUACUGGCAGAUAUAAGAAGUUUUGCAAAAAACUGGGAACAGUGGGUUGCUUCCUCUUUGGAAAAUCUACCAGAAAGCCUGAUAGAUAAGAAAUUGCCUAUUGCACGAAGAUUUGUUUCCUCCCUGAAACGACAGACGUCAUUCCUACACCUGGCACAGAUUGCUCGACCAGCUCUUUUUGAUCAGCAUGUGGUGAAUUCCAUGGUGUCGGAUAUUGAAAAAGUUGAUUUGAAUAGUAUUGGUUCUCAGGCCCUUCUUGCAGUUUCAGGCAGCACAGACUCUGAUGGGGAAGCCUAUAGUGAAUGUAAGUCCAUGGUAACAUAUUUGGACCAUUAAAAGUAAUUAAUUCUUUCAUUCUGUGCCACACCAGUCUACUUGGACUGACUGAGACAGGGCACUCGAAGACUCUGCAUUCUCUAAUCUA